ACUUUAAUCAUUUCAUUUCUGACUGAAAUGAUUGCAUAGGGUCAUGUUUACUGUAGAAGGAGGUGUUCGGAGAGCUAUGACACGAUAUUUGUUGGCCUCCCUGCCGUGGGUAUAUGGUCAAAGUUGUUUCGCAGUUUGGGCUUAGUCGAGCACAUGUAGUGGACGAGGGUAGUUGCGUUGCUAGCGGCGGUCGUCUGAUAAGCCAUAUUGAUAAAAUGCAGCAAACGGAUAAGUCUGGCUUCCCACGCCUCUUUUACUCAAGCUUAAUCGACGCCAAGGAUGACAUCGAGGAUAGACUCGACAAAGCCCGUACCAUUUUACAACGCUUGGUUGGCGUGGGUUCAGAACGUGAAGCUCAUGAUGCCCUUCAAAAUGCUGUAUGUCGCGACAAAAGUACACACGAUGACAUUUCCUUAGGACUUCUUGCAAAUAUAUUAACGGAUGCUAAUUCUGCACAAAAAUGUUUCCGGGACCUCACAUUUGUAACUCGGGACAAUAUGGCAGUCGUAGUAGAUACACUGGUGAUUAUUGCGACAGAUAAAUACCAAAAGUUGACUGAUGUGUCGAGAUCACAGCUAAUUUGGGUUGUAAAAGAAUUAGUAAGAGCCAGCAUGGUUAGUGCGGAUCUUUUAUGUUGGAGCGUGCUGAGGCAAAUUGCUGGGGGAGAUAUAACAAAUAGGAACCUGUGGCUGGCAGAGAAUAUGCUGGAAACGCUGGUGGAAAAUCGAACAUGGUUGGAAAAAUUUCCAGUUCUAAUUGGUUCCGUGAUAUUUACGUAUCUUCGCAUUCUUGAGGAUCAUUUCCCGAGUCAUCUUAGUAAUCUCAGACAGAAAGAAGUCAACUUUGUAGUCAGCUUAAUCCGAGACCACUUUGCCAGUGUGAUUAUGAAUCCGGUUCUUGGAAUGGGCCGUGAUUUUGUCCGACUUCUUCAAGGAGUAUCCAGAAUUCCUGAAAUACAGGGCGUCUGGGUGGAUCUCUUUUAUAAUCCAAAAUCUAUAUCACCACAUUUCACAGGGGUUUCUCAACUUUUGAACAUUAGGACAUCCAGAAAAUUCCUCCAGAGCAGACUGACUCCAGAGAUGGAGAAAAAAAUUUUCUUCCUCACUAAUAAUACAAAGUUUGGAAUGCAUAAGCGAUAUCAAGAAUGGUUUCAACAUAAAUUUUUGGCAACCCAAGAAUCUCAAACACUUCGGGCUGAUAUAAUUAGAUUUAUCGUGGGAGUUAUUCAUCCACCAAAUGAGAUUUUAUGUUCGGAUAUCCUCCCUAGAUGGGCAGUUAUUGGAUGGCUGCUAACAACAUGUACCAGCCCAGUGGCUGCCGCAAAUGCUAAACUUGCUUUAUUUUUUGACUGGCUCAUUUUUGACCCCGUGAAAGAUAAUAUCAUGAAUAUUGAACCAGGAAUUCUUGUCAUGCACCAUAGUAUCAGACCACAUUUAGCUAUUACCGCAACGCUUAUCGACUUUUUAAUCCGGCAAAUUACUGAAUUUUGGCCUGACGGCUCGGAUAAAAUCAAGGAAGGUAUUGGCUCAGCUUUCCGAACAAUUUUAGAAAAGAAAGUGCUUCAAUCGCUAGAUCCAGUGUUAGAUAAUCCCAAGUUAGAACCAGAACUAAGAAAUUCGAUACAGGACGUCUUAAUUCCACUAUUCAAAAGAGGAGAUUCUGGUGAUCCAAAUCAACAACUUGGUAAUAACGGCAAUGGAGUUAUUGGUGGUGAAAUUAGGACAGGCGAUGUGGCCGAAUCCCUUAGUCUUAACUACAGUGAUAGUGAAAGCAGUAGACUAGAAAAUAAUUCAAACAAUGAAGUGAAUCAUAUUAGUAAAGUAAAAUCUGAGCCACAACAACAGCCUUCAUACUCAGUUCCAAUAGUGGACUUGGAGUUUAGUGACGACGACGAUGAUAAUGAUAAUGACGAUCAAGAGGAUAAUGAAAAAGACGAGGAUGACCCCAUUGGAAUUAAACCAAUUCUUAGCAGCGGUUUGCUGUCUAGAGGAAGCCCAACCACUAGCGUCAGCGUGGAAGAAGCCGAGAGGUCCAAAAUAUUUGAUCUUGUACAAACGCUACCUACAAAUCUCAGGAUUCCAUUGGAAUCCAUGCUAAGCAACCCUACCAGUGAUAAGACAGAUAAUUUAGAUGAAGUUCUCGAAGAAUGUUCUUCCGUCCAAAUCGAAAAAGAACAGAGAGAAGCGGUGGUUAAAGCUCUAAUAUAUAUUUAUAAAAGUGAACUCCUUUCUCCUUGCGUCAACGAAGAAGAAAACUCCUUAAUAGAUGAUAACGUAUGUGCAUCGCCGGUGAUUGAAAUUCUUCAACCUUUACUUCAGUCUAAACCGUCUGAUAAGACUCUAAAAUCUAAAAAUUUACUACGAAUCCUGACUGACAUUGUCCAUGCAGUGCCUAGAAUUGGUUACAAAAUUUUACUUAUACUAAAUCAAUUAGCUGACAACCCAGACGGACCUGCUGGGAAAGAUGAGUAUUAUCCAACGCUCUACAAAAAUUUAUGUAUUUUUCGGGGUAUAAAAUUGGAACAAGCGUUGAAUCAUGAUGUGAAAACUUGCUGGGAAACGGAACCAGUUGCUGUUGGGUUUCUAUGUCCUAUAAUUUAUGACUGGUACUCUGCAGAGUCUGUAGGAUCUACUGAUAUUUUAAGAUUAGUCGUUUCUACAAUUGAUUCAUCACAACUUCAGGAUAUAGUUUGGAGGGUGGCCCAAGGGGAUUUCAUUAUGUUGGACACACCAGACAUGUUAAAUACAAUAACCAAAACAUUAGAAUGGGAAACCUGGGAACAACACUGCGUUUGGACAAUUUUAGCAGCACAUCAGUUUGAAAUAGACGAUUAUCUCCCAGUUAUACCAAUUUUAGACUAUAAGAACAAUGCAGAAGCCCUGACAGCUCUCUUCCUUAAACUCAAAAGCGAAAAGCCUUCCGACAAAAUAUUGGGGCCUUGUUUGUGUAGAAAACCUAAUUCGAAGGAUCGUUUUAUUAUGGCCCUGUUGAUAUGUUGGUCUGAAAAUGAAAAGGAUAGCCUGGCUGAGGUUUUAACUGCCCUUCUGGUCAAGGCCUAUGGUUCACCUGUCAAACGAAAACGUGGCGUAACUGGUGCGGGUCGUGGUACAUCGAGUCCAGCUGCUGGUCCAGCUACUCCAAAUAUUGAGUACGUUUUAGCACACUUGGAUUUGCUAAGGGUCCAAAUUGAAGAUGGUGGAGUCUUCAACACGGACACAAUGCAAGCUGCCCUCCUUCAAGUACAAAGUUGGGUAACCGACACUCAAAGGAACAAAUACAAAGAUCUGCUGGCGUUGGCAGCCAUAGAAGAAUCUUCAGAAAUAAAAGAGUCGCGCUCUGUCGUUAAACGGCCGGCCACGGGAAGAAAACUUCCGGGGUCUCCAACUAGUGCUGGAAGCGGAACGACGGGUAGCAAUAGUGGUGGUGGUAGUAGUGCUACCAGUUCUGGAGGUGGUGGAACGAGUGGGAACUCAACUAGUGGCGGUGGUUCAUCGACCACAGGGGCCCGAUCUAACUCUAAUCUUUCGCGAACCAGAAGUGGACGAACACGUCAAACAAUGAAGGAUGACAGCGACUCAUCCAGCAAUGACGACGACGACGAAAUUAUACCUCAACCAAGAAAUGCCAAAAAACGUAGAAAAACAACUGCUUUCAAUUCUGACAGCGACUAGUAGGUUGCAGUAUUUGCAUCAUUACUUAUCUUACCUGUAUUCUUGCAUGAUUAACCUGUACGUUAUGCGUACAACCAUUCAGCCUAGGACUUUUUUCAAGGUAUUUUUUUUAUCAUUGCCGUGUUAGUAUUAAUCACGUAUGUGUAAGUAUACGCAAGUUUUAUAACUUUAAACUUUAUCUUACGACUAUUGUUAAAUCUAUUUAAUUAUACAAUUCUCUCAUUUGAGCCAACGACAUCAUAUAUAAUGUAUCACUCCUUGAUUACUGUUACCUUUAUUGUUGUUCUUCAGAUGAAUACAGUGCAAAGACCAUUUUAUAAAAACCUAUUACGGAGUUCAUAAUAUACGACAUUCGUGAUUUAAUAUGACGUCCACUCCACCAUACAUUUAAAAAUUAUGGAUGUUGA